AUGACAUGUGAUUUCCCUGGCUGGUGGCAACCUUUUCUCAAACACUGGCCUCUACCCUAUCCUCUUCUCUUUGUUUCAGGAGCUCUGCUGCUGUUUUCCAGUCUGAGUAUCCUGCUCCAAGGUGUGGGCAGCUGCCCCAAGAAAUGUUUGUGUCACUCAUCUUCAAACUCUGUGGACUGCAGUGGCCAAGGGCUGUCUGAGAUUCCCCCUGAUCUACCCCCAUGGACACUAACCCUGCUCUUACAAGAUAACCAGGUCCAUUGGCUUCCUGCUCAUGCAUUUAGAUCUGUGCCACUGCUCAGAAUCUUAAAUUUAUCUAACAACUCUCUUUCAAAUCUGGCUUCAGAGGCUUUCUAUGGACUUCGGCACUUGGAGGUUUUAAAUCUAUCCCAAAAUUCCCUGCUUUCCUUGGAAAGCAGCCUUGCCCAUGCCCUGCCUGGGCUCAGGGAGCUGGAUCUGUCAUCUAACAGCCUCAGUCUCCUGCCCACGUCCCUGGGCAAGCCUUGGGAGAACCUGACCAUGUUUGCUGUGCAGCGGAACCAUCUCCUGCAUCUGGAUCGUACACUUCUAGAGGCCAUGCCCAAGGUGAGGCUGGUACUUCUUAAGGACAACCCCUGGAAAUGUGACUGCCACUUGCUGGGUCUGAAACUCUGGCUGGAGAGAUUCACCUUUGAAGGGGGAGUAACAGACAGCGCCAUCUGCAGGCUGCCUGAACACUGGAAAGGAAAGGACCUCCUCUCCAUUCCCCAUGAACUAUACCAGCCCUGUCCUCUGCCUUCUCCAGACCUGGCACCCUCACUAGUUCAGCAGCCUGGUUCUGCCCCUCAAGAGGCCCACAAGCCUUCUGAGAAUAACUCCGGACAACAAGAUUCCUUGGAGUGUGAGCCCAAACCCAAACCAAAGCCAGCCAACCUGCGCCACGCUGUGGCUACUGUGGUCAUCACCGGGGUGGUAUGUGGGAUUGUAUGUCUCAUGAUGUUGGCGGCUGCUAUCUACGGCUGCACCUACGCAGCUAUCACGGCCCAGUACCAUGGGAGACCCUUGGCACCAACCAGCGAGUCUGAGAAAAUGGGAAGCAAGGAGCCAAUGGACAGUUCCACAGCCCGAGAACCUCCAUGUCAAAGUUCCUCCUUGAUCAACUGA